AUGCCUCGAAUUAGAACUAUGAAUUCAAGAAAACCACCUGAAGGUUGGGAUAAAGUAGAAUCCUUUUUAGAUGAAAUGAAUAAGAAAAUGAGAAGUUUAGAAAAUGAAGAUACAUCUAAAAAGAGAAAAAAUGAAAUAUUAUGGCCUAUAUUCCAAAUAAAUCAUCAAACAGCUCGUUAUAUAUAUGAAUUAUACUAUAAAAAGAAAGAAAUAUCAAGAGAUUUAUAUGAUUAUUUAGUUCAAGAAAAGUAUGUUGAUGGUGCUCUAAUUUCUAAGUGGAGAAAGCAAGGUUAUGAAAAUUUAUGCUGCCUAAAAUGCAUUCAAAUAUCUGAUAGUAACUUUAAUAAUACUUGCAUUUGUAGAGUCCCAAAAAGUAAUCUAGGAAAUAAGGUUCUACAAUGCGUAAAUUGUGGAUGUAGAGGUUGUGCUAGCGGAGAUAAAUAA